GGCGAUGAAUGAAAGAUUUGGCCUGUAGCAAAAAAGCGAUAUAACUUUCAAUCUCCGAUGGAUGUUUCCCGUUACUCCUCCAGAGUACAUAGUCGCGCAUAAGCGACAGCGAACGACCAUAUUUCACUGAAGAUUCGAGCUUGCACCAAUCUGUGACUCGAGCUUCGUCAGGUACAAGUCAGUUGUAUUAUAUAGCUGCCAUGCACCCGUUUGGCGGUACACCGAUAUGUCCUAGAUGCAACAAGGCUGUUUAUGCUGCAGAACAGGUGAGCAGCCUCGUUUCAUGCUUCGCGAAUUCUUAUGAUAUUCGACAGGUGAUGGGACCUGGAAGGAAGCUCUAUCACAAGCCUUGCCUGGCCUGCACGACAUGUAAUAAGAGGUUAGACUCGUUAACGCUUCUUGAACACGAUCAAGAGCCAUAUUGCAAAACAUGUCACGUUCGAAACUUCGGCACUCGCGACCUGAGACAUGCCAAUCUCCCCCAUCGCAAUGACAUGGCCACACCUCCGCCACUUCCUGUAUCACCUGUCCGCAACUCAUUCCCUGCACCCACAUUCAUGCGUGGUGAAUCAAUAGAUCUAAGCCAGCGGCAAGGUGCGCGAUCACCGGUGCGCGCGCAAAACUCAGGCACAGGACGCUAUACGAACGGUGCCAUGUCGCUACCGCCCAUCCUCAAAGCAAACUCGGUUCUCCCCGCACGGUUUAAUCGCUCACCCAUUGAUCCCAUUGCUGAACUUAGCUCUGAAAACAUAAAUCAAACUGUCAACACAAGCUUACAUCACGAGGGGAUGAGAGAAGAGACGCCGGCAGAAUCCUUGCCACCUCCAGCCCUCACGUUUGCGGGGACAGCUACUAGCACAGUGCGCAUCGGCGACAUGCCCCGUACUAUCCCACUUAGUCCGACAAAAUCAGCAAGCAAUGGAACUAGUGCUGCGUCUACCCCGAAAUUAUCUUCUGUAACACUUGCACGCUCAAGUUCAUCUCCGAUGACGCCGUUACAACCAAUUUCCACCGGUACACGCUAUGGCGUAGCAUUUGGUGGCGGUGGCACUCCUGUAAAGGCCUUUUCUGCGGGCGCAACUCCGAUGUGUCCGCGGUGUGGGAAGAAUGUUUAUUUCGCUGAACAGAUGAAGGCCAUAGGAAAGACUUGGCACAAAGGAUGUUUAAGGUGCAAGGAGUGUAAUGCCCUGUUAGAUUCGACUAGAUUAACCGAGAAAGACGGAGAUCCCCUUUGCCAUCGAUGCUACUCAAAGCUGCACGGCCCAGCAGGAAAUGGCUAUGCUUUGCUCGGCAAGGCUGGUGGUUAGACAUGUAUGUCGACGAUUCGACACCCCUAUCACCUGAUUGCACGAUUAGUACCAAAUCUCACUUAUGUGAAUGGACGCUAUGUAUUUCCCUUUGCUGUUUUCUUGAUUUUGACAAGCUGUUGUUUUCCGACGAGUUACUACUGUACUGCCACUCAUUUUCAAUUGAUAGUGUAUCAAUACCUUCCACUCUCUCCGCUAGUAUCCGCUUUCACAUCCAUUCGUCCAUAGAUUGCUCAAUGCUGCCAAUAGUCAAGCUUGCAG